AUGUCAUUCGACAACUCCAUCAAGAGUAUCGAAGACAAGGGCGAUGUCUUGCUUAUUUGCGACGAUCCGACGACGCCGGGCACUAUUUUCCAGUUUCCUAGUCAUCUUGUCCGAACUGAGGAAGAGAAGAGAAUGGUUCUCACAACGCUCGUCUGUCAAGAACCUACCGCUUAUCUCCAUGACUUCCUGACGGAGAUGCUCGACGGUACGGGCGUGACUCUAGAGGAGCAUAUGCUAAGGAUCAAGAAGCCUGCGAAGACGGUCCGCGUGGACGCCCAGAGAAAGAUUCUUGACAUGAGCAAUUUCUACCAUUCGGUUGUACGUGCUACGUCAUCUGAUGGCACCUAUUCAUGGAUCGUCGACGCGUCGGGAGCGCAGUAUAGUAUCUUCAAGGCUUGUUUGACUGAGCGAACCUACCGCAAACGGCACGUCGUUAACACUUUGGCUGCAUAUCGAUCAGGCACCAACAAGAAAAUCUAUGAGAAAAUGAAGGACAUGGAGGGUAAUGGACCUCUGCUUGCUCGCAUUGGUUGGUUUGCAGUGGACAAGGUCAGGUCGGCCGUCUUGGAGUGGAGGACCAAAUCCGAUUUCUCACUAUCCUCGCUCAUGGGCAAACCGGAAGCAAUCUUCGUCGAAGGGUGUAAAGAGCUUGUGGAGUGCAUCAAGGUUUCGCUUGACAACUUUGCCGCUGAAGUGCGAGCCAAAUUCUUCGCAGACAUCGGGCGCACGAUGGUUUAUUCCCAGCAGGACGCGUGGAAGUUGGCCAUCGGCCUCGACCCAAACCAGGAUGUGACAAAGAUGAUGGAGGAGAUCAGCAAGAAGAAUCAGCUAUAUUAG